CUUAUAUUGUUCAUGGAAGGACAUUAGUAAGUGCUGUUGAGCACCAAAAGCUCAUUGAUCCGAAAUACUUCAUCAUGGCAUUCAAACCCUUGAGUUUAUUUGCUUUCUUCGUCAUAAUUCUUCUUCCUCUCGGUAGGUAUUGCUAUAGUUUUAUCAUAAUUUUGUAAUCCAUUGAUGGCUUGAGAUAGAACAAGUCAUUCUCAUUGCAAUUUUUUCCCGCCAAGUGUUUCGUGUCUAGAGUCACAUAUCGUGUCAAGCCGAUAUAAAAUGUUUAUUGAUGAAGGACUAGAAACAUCAUUAAAGAAAUGUUCAAAAAAAGAAAGGAUAGGAGUUAAACAGCUUUACCUCGGACGGGAAUUAGAAAAAAUACGCUGAGCCAUAAUUAGCUUACUCGGUUCCAGUUCUAGUGAUCUGGUAAAAUGUAAAAACUACAAAACAAGACCAGUCACAUGAUGUUGGGUUGUUUAACCGUCAAUUGUGCUCUCCGCUGUAUAUCUUGGUAAACCUUUCUUAGUCUCAAUGAGAAGUUAUACAAAGAACGAAGCAAGUCCUAUUUUUGGUAGUUAAUCACUUAAAAUGUCUGAAUUAACUUUUUAAGUCAACACAAAAGAAUAAAUUCUUGUGACGUUAUCAUAUAGGUUAUGCAAAUCCAUCGAUAUCUUGUCAAACAUAAAACCAGGGAAAAAGAUAGUGCCAUGCGAAUGCAUAUGGCUCACUUAGGUUAAAUUUAGGAGUUUUACGUUUCACUUAAUAGUCAUCUGGUCAUUUCUAAAAUUCAUGACUUGACGCAUUCAAAUUUUGACAUAAUACUGCUCUGUUCCACUUCAUAUAAUUUUUUUCAUUUCAUUCAUAGAAUAUUGUUAAACUGGACGCUUAUCAUCGUGUUUUUGAUGUAUAAAUGUAUUUAGCGUGGUUCCACAAAAAACUGAGUAAACUCGAGCCCUUUUUACCAAAUCCUUCUGACAAAUUCUAGAAACAUCAACCGUGAAGCAUAGAAAUUUGGUGGCUUUUGAUUUUUUUUUGCGGAUUCAAGGAUUGUCCUCGAUGUGCAUGAAUGGAUUCCGCAGUCACGGCAUGUCUCUAUUUUUGGCGGGAUAAAUAGGCUCUUGUUUUACGCAUGCUCAUGGUUCAAUCAAGCAUCACUACCGGAAGACAAAAAUUUAUCAAGUGAGCUGAAAAACAUUUCCUGUUCAAAAGCUUUUGUAAAGAGGCUCUACCCGCUCAUGGGCUCCUGACGGGGAGGAGUAUCAUUUAGAAAAACAGGGGUGACCCUCAGAUCUCUUAGGUUAAAAAUACAGAUAUUGAACCGCGUUAGGGUCAACAAAGAGAAAAAAUAAGCACUUGUCAAAAUGCCCUAUCAAGAUGAAACGUGCGAAUUUGUGUUUCCAUCUAAGUAAAGUAUUUUCUAUUAUUAGUUUUAUCAAUUAUAUCUGAGGGACCUUUUAUAGACUUUAUAGGUCAAUACUGGUCGGAGCCACACCCCGAUGGCUAACUCUCCGAGUUUUGUGAGCCGUUUCAUUGAUCAUCCCGUGAUACGCGUGAUAUUCCCCCCCUCCCCGGAAAAGCGCAUGUCAUUCAGGUCAUCGUGACGAAUGUAACUACUCUGAAAACUUUGACUAUAAAGAAAUAUGUUCUUAGUUGACAGUUGCCUGUGUUAUUAUAAUUGAAAUAGUAUUCUUAUUUUUGAUAUUUUCACUGUUAUUGUUGUAACUAUUAUUACUAUUUUAAUAAUUAAUAUUAUUAUCAUUAUUAUCAUUAUUGAUUUUGUUACCUGACAGCCCAUUCAUUGCGGUGUUACUCCUGUAAUAACAUGUACAAGAACAUAGAAUGUGCGCCUGACUCUCCUGAGACCUGCGGUGGCUCUAGUGACAGAUGCGUCACGGCAAAGUUUUCCUACAAAACAAACAGCACCGAACGUGGUGAAGUGGAGACAUUUUUCAGAACAUGUACCACUAUGGCGGUAUGUAACACUGCUACUGCUCCGUGCAAAGAUAUCGAAGGCGCCAUCUGCGAAUACAAGUGCUGUGAAGAUGAUCUGUGCAACAACAGCCCUCGUUACACGAGUCAAGUUUUUUAUUUGCUGGUCCUCUCUUUUGUUUGUUUAAUGUUCACAGCUUAAUACUUGUUAAAAGAGUAUUUUCUGGGUGUGUUUCAUGACAUCUUAGAAAUAAAAAAAUUUCAAUAUUCCAUCUAGGUUUUGUUGAACUAAUGCA